CGAGACAGCGUUAACGCGCCCGCGCGUGAACUGAAAGCCCCCGAGUGCGAAAUUAUGUUCACUUCUUUUCUGGUAGUAAUGUUAGCCGGCAGGGUGUGGACUAGUUUUAAUGAGCAGAAUAUGAUCAAACACAAUGACGUGCGAAACAUAGAUCAAAGAAAACUAGACGCACUACUUAAGUUUGCAGUGAGAGAAAUAGAAAAAUUGAAACUUAAUCACCACAACUUAGAUGAAUGCCACGGUAUUGAAGUAGCAAGCAUUUUAAGAGGAAGAAAAGAAGAAAAAGAAGUCACACGUUAUUAUCUGACACUGAAGGUUCAGUCGACAGCCGUCAACAUAGAAGAGUGCAGGAAGAAGAUUUCAAGCUUUGUAUUACAACAUAUUCUCAAUCAUAGCAUCAAUGAGAUUUGCCGAAAAUAUACAAGCCUGAGAUCUGCGAGGUAGAGGUGUCCGAGACAGUGAACAAGAAGAAAGUUCGAAGAUCUUUGGUGCGAUCAUCUUGUUUACAAGUGAAGGAACUGUUGAAACGAAACUGACAUUCACAAAAUGAAAAAGUAGGCCUAGUAGGUGUGCCUUCUGAAGGACUGCCGUAGACAUUUUGUGUAUAUAAUCCUGUAUAUUAUCAGAGUAUAAUAGCAACCAAUGAAAAUAGUUUUUAUUUUUAGUUUGUAUUAAAAGGGUUUAGUAUACGAAUAUUUGACUAUUAAUGUUAUUUAUAAAAAAUCUAA